UUCUCUAGCAGGCUUCUGCCAAUCCCUGUGUAUUCUUCCUGGUUCACUUGUCGAUUCCAAAUGCAGUUACAUGCAGUGACAAUUAUGGAUGAUAGAAAGUCUCCCAUCCCCUAGUAGCGUUAUAGGGUUUCAUUAUGGAUGACCGCCUGUAAACAUUUAUAUGGCCAAAGCGCAAGCACCCUAUGUACACCCUGUAAUCAGUAGGACUGCUGACUUACCUCAGUCUGUGGCCCUCUAUGGCGUGUAAAUCUAAGGUAGCCCCGAGUGUAGAUUUUGACCACAGCUGCUCAGACAGCGUGGAGUAUCUGACCCUGAAUUUUGGCCCCUAUGAGAGUGUACACCGCUGGAGGAGACUGCUCCCCUGCGAUGAGUUUGUGGGAGCCAGGCGCAGUAAACACACAGUUGUAGCUUACAAAGAUGCCAUCUAUGUGUUUGGUGGAGAUAAUGGAAAGAACAUGCUAAAUGAUCUGCUGAGAUUUGACGUGAAAGACUGUUCCUGGUGCAGGGCUUUUACUACAGGAAGUCCCCCAGCACCAAGAUAUCACCACUCUGCAGUGGUCUAUGGGAGCAGUAUGUUUGUAUUCGGUGGUUAUACUGGUGACAUCUAUUCAAACUCCAAUCUGAAGAAUAAAAAUGAUCUUUUUGAGUACAAGUUUGGAACUGGCCUAUGGACUGAGUGGAAAGUUGAAGGAAGACUGCCAGUUGCUCGGUCUGCUCAUGGUGCUACGGUAUACGAUGAUAAACUCUGGAUUUUUGCAGGAUAUGAUGGGAAUGCAAGAUUAAAUGACAUGUGGACCAUAGGCUUGCAAGAUCUAAAGAUAACUUGUUGGGAAGAGAUUGAACAGAGUGGAGAGAUCCCACCAUCUUGCUGUAACUUUCCAGUGGCCGUCUGCAGGGAUAAAAUGUUUGUCUUUUCUGGUCAGAGUGGAGCAAAGAUCACAAAUAAUUUGUUCCAGUUUGAAUUCAGCGAAAAAGUUUGGACACGUAUCCCUACAGAGCACUUACUACGUGGGUCACCUCCACCCCCUCAGAGGCGUUACGGACAUACUAUGGUGGCCUUUGACCGUCAUCUUUAUGUAUUUGGUGGGGCGGCAGACAACACCCUCCCCAAUGAGUUGCACUGUUAUGAUGUAGAUUCACAGUCCUGGGAAGUCAUUCAACCAAGCCAAGAUAGUGAGAAAGUAUCUGAUGCAAGUUUUUCUUCAGCCCUCCUGUGCUUCAAGGACAAAGCAGAGAAUGCAAACCAGGAAUCACAGACUCAUUCUCAGGUGCAGCUGCCCAGUGGGCGUCUUUUCCAUGCUGCAGCAGUUAUCAGUGACGCCAUGUACAUCUUUGGUGGAACUGUGGACAAUAAUGUAAGAAGUGGAGAGAUGUAUCGCUUCCAGUUUUCUUGUUACCCAAAGUGCACAUUACAUGAAGAUUAUGGAAGGCUAUUUGAAAACCAACAGUUCUGUGAUAUUGAGUUUAUUCUAGGAGAAAAAGAAGAGCGUGUGCGAGGACAUCAAGCUAUUGUCACUGCUCGAUGUAAAUGGUUACGUAAGAAAAUCAUGCAAGCCACAGAGAGACAGAGACAGAAGCUGAAGCAGGAGCCAGAAGAAGAAAGCCAAAGUACACAACAGAAACAAGAGAGCACAAGCAACCCUGCUAAGGUAUCUCGCUCGCAGGCAAUGCUGGAGGUAAACAUACGAGAUGCUGAAGCUCGCCCCUUUGAGAUCCUCAUGCAGUUUCUGUAUACAGACAAGAUCAAGUAUCCACGGAAAGGUCACGUACAAGAUGUUCUUCUCAUUAUGGAUGUAUAUAAACUUGCUCUGUACUUUAAACUCUCACGCCUGGAGCAGUUGUGUGUGCAGUAUAUCGAGGCAUCUGUUGACCUUCAGAAUGUCCUUGUAGUGUGUGAAAACGCCAAUAAGCUGCAGCUGGAUCAGUUAAAGGAACACUGUUUGAACUUUGUGGUGAAGGAAUCCCACUUCAACCAGGUGAUAAUGAUGAAGGAGUUUGAGCGUAUGUCGUCUUCCCUGAUAGUGGAGAUAGUGCGAAGGAAGCAGCAGCCGCCUGUCCGCGUGCAGUCUGACCAGCCUGUCGAUAUAGGCACGUCUCUAGUUCAGGAUAUGAAGGCUUAUCUGGAAGGUGCUGGGAGAGAUUUCUGUGACAUCACUUUGCUACUAGACGGACACCCCAGACCUGCACAUAAAGCUAUACUUGCUGCUCGAUCCAGCUAUUUUGAAGCCAUGUUCCGAUCGUUUAUGCCUGAAGAUGGCCAAGUGAAUAUUUCAAUUGGUGAAAUGGUGCCAAGUAAACAGGCCUUUGAGUCUCUACUGCGAUAUAUUUAUUAUGGAGAGGUGAACAUGCCUCCCGAAGACUCCUUAUACUUAUUCUCUGCUCCAUAUUAUUAUGGGUUCUUUAGUAACAGACUACAAGCGUAUUGCCGGCAAAACCUGGAGAUGAAUGUGACCGUGGAGAAUGUACUUCAGAUCUUGGAAGCCGCAGACAAGACCCAGGCUCUGGAUAUGAAGAAGCACUGUCUCCACAUCAUCGUCCAUCAGUUCACCAAGGUUGCAAAGUUGCCGAACCUACGAUUACUGAGCCAGCCUCUUCUCAUCAACAUAAUCGAGUCUCUGGCCAGUCAUAUCUCGGACAAACAGUGCGCUGAACUUGGCUCUGACAUCUAAGACCAGCUGCGAGACAAAUCAUUUAAACACAACCAUUCCAUAUUGCUGGGCAGGGUAUUUGUUUUUAUUUGUUUAAAAAAGGAUCUCAACACACAGGACCAAGAAGUUAUAACCAAAUAUGAAACCAUGUUUAGAAGAAUAAUUAACUGGAAUUGCUCCCAUGCACUAAUAUGCCUUAUCCUGCAUGCUUUACUGAAGCUGUAUUCAAUGUGUAAGAAAAUAAAGUUAAAUAUACACUACCAUUUCAUACUGCCAGUAGCAGUCAUAAUUUCAAUUUAAUGGGAACAGAUGGACUUAGACAGAAAUUAGUGUAAGAUGUAGAAUAAUUGCUGUUUAAAUGCAUACACAAUAUUCAAACAAACAUAAUAGAAGCUAAAGAUUUUAAAAAUGGACUUAGAUUUUUGAAUCUCAUGAAUUAAUGACAUUUCCUCCAAAAGCACAGUCUAGAUUUGAGUUCUACAUUAUAACAGUGGGAUAUGUGUGUAUGGUUUAUGUAUAACUAUUAAUGCCAGCCAUAACACACAAUAGAGGGUGUAUUUAUCAGUGAUACAUAACACCUUUUUUAUGUUACAGUGAAUAACUUUUGUGAUACUUUGUUUUCGAAUGCAGCAGGAUAAGGUCAUCUGUGAUUACUAUAGACCUACCAACCAUUCUAUUGUUAGUUUUGCAUGUAAAGUAAAAACAUAAGUAUUAUAAUGAUACAUCUGAUGUGUUAGUGUUUGUUCUCUUGUAACAAUUGCAAGAUACACAUGACACACUGCACUAAAGUAGAAAUCUGAAAAUCCUGGUACUCUGUGUGCAUACUGAAAUAUGCAAGCUCUGCAAAUAAUUUGUACUAGGCACUUAUUGAAAUUCUUUAUACAGACAAUCUGGGCUAAAUUGCAUAUCUUGUAUUUGUGUUAAUAUUUGUAUAAUAAAUAUAUAUACAAUAUAAUAUUAACUUGAAAUUUUAAAUGUAUAUUUUAUGUGACUGUUCCUAUACUCUAGGUAGCUAUACUGAAUGUAUUCUGUGAUGUCUAGGUUAUAUAUUUACAGUGACGAUUCCUAUGCUGCUUCCCUUUAUUCUGUGACAAGUACUUUUUUCCUUUUGUAUGGUUUUGUAUGAACAUGACCCAGGCAGAAUAUAAACGCACAGUAUUAUUGUUCAGGAAAUACCAUAGAUGUUUCACUACAGGGUCAAACAUUGCCAAUGUUAUUCAAAUAUUAAAGUGGUUAUCUGUUCUAAAUUUUCUGUGUGGUUAUUGCACAUUGCUUCCAUCAUGUCCCUUUAAAUCUUCCUUGAUGAAAAAUAGAUACAGUGUAUCAUAAUACUAUAUGCUAAAUUAAAGAAAUAAUAAAGUACGGUUUAUGUAAA